AUGGGCGACCUGGAGCCCGGUGGCCUCGGCCGGUAUAUGGAGCACAAGUCCAUGGUAUCGGCCAUGGACAAGUUUGUCAUGAGCGACAUCAACACAGGCCCGUUCGAGCUCUGCAAGUUCAUGUACAUGGCACCUAUCAUCCAAAGUGAACGUCGGAUCGUUGACGAGGCUUCCAGGCUUACGCCGCCAUCGCCUUGUUCUACCAGACGGAAGAGUUUCUUGCUUCCGAGCACGGCCUACCAUUCCGGUCUUCCCUGCUGUUUGACCAAGAAGAAAGAGCUAAGCGAACCCCUGAUCGAAGAAGCCAUAGAUCGAGACGAGCUCCUGAGACGCAAUCAGCGAAGCAAGCUUGAUCCUGUCUACGAUAUUUACCCGAUAGAAUGGCGUAAAAGGAUACGUACCGUGGUUAUCACCUUGUACAAAGCCGGCAUCAUACAAAGUGCUUACACACCCCAAGUUAAAGGUGUUGCAACUGCCGCCGCCGAACCCAACCGCGCGCUGGAUUUCUACCUUGAUUUCCGAGCCCAAUCCAGACCUAAAUUCAAGGCCGUCUUGGCGGAUCCUACACCCUUGAAUCGCGACUACAUAGUCAAGGCGGCAAACAAGUUCGCGGCUCAGCAUGGCUCUGCCAGGUUUUCGGCGCUGCGAAUGUGGUCUGCUCCGCACUUUUACCCCAUGGAAGCUAGUGGGAAUGAGACAUUCGCAGACGAUAGCGGCAGGUACUGGGAUUAA